AUGGCUACCACUCAAGUCAACGCUUCUGUCCUCCAUGGCGCUCGGGACUUGCGCCUUGAAAGGCGGGAGUUGCCUACGCUUAGUGCUGAUGACGUUCAAGUAGCCGUCAAGGCGACAGGUCUCUGCGGGUCAGACCUGCACUACUUUGGCCACUUCCGCAACGGCGACAUCCUAGUGCGGGAGCCCCUUACACUGGGCCAUGAGUCUUCCGGCGUGGUCACGGCCGUUGGCUCGGCUGUUAAAUCGCUCCGGGUUGGGGACCACGUUGCUCUCGAGGUCGGCCAACCCUGUGGUAACUGCGAGCUCUGCCAGGGGAACCGGUACAACAUCUGCAGAGAGAUGAAGUUCAGAAGCUCCGCAAAGGCGUAUCCCCACGCCCAGGGCACACUUCAGGAGCAAAUCACACACCCAGCAUCGUGGUGCCACAAGCUGCCAUCAGAGGUCUCCCUAGAACUCGGCGCCCUCGUGGAACCCCUAGCCGUGGCCUUGCACGCUUGUGAUAGGGCACGACUCGCCCCCGGUUCGACAGUCCUCGUGUUUGGCGCCGGGACAGUCGGCCUCUUGUGUGCUGCCCUCAGCAAGGCCGUCAGCGACGCCAAGGUGGUCAUUGCUGACAUUCAGGAGGACCGCGUCAAGUUCGCCGUGGACAACGGAUUUGCCGAUGCCGCCGUCGUCGUGCCCAUGAAACGCCCCGACACCAUCGAGGCUAAGCUAGAGUUUGCGAAGCAGGUCGCCGAGAUUGCCAAGUCAACCACCCAUCAUCACGGCGAGCCCUUUGGUGAGGUGUCAGCGACGUUUGAGUGUACUGGCGUGGAAGCAUGCCUGCAAGCUUCCAUCUAUGCUACAGCCCCCGGUGGCCGCAUCAUGCUCAUCGGCAUGGGCAACCCCAUCCAGACACUGCCCAUCUCGGCCGCCGCCCUCCGUGAAGUCGACCUCGUGGGUGUCUUUCGGUACGCCAACACCUACCCGCGGGUCAUCGAGUUGUUGGCUAGCAAGAACCCCAAGCUGCCGGACUUUACGAAACUUAUUACGCAGCGGUUUACGGGGUUGGAGAACAUUCCAAAGGCUUUCGAGAUGGCUGCGAGGGUGAAGGAUGACGAGGGAAACCUGGUGUUGAAGGUGAUGGUGGACAUGUAA